GUGGCCACGCCCACUGGUCCCACUUCUAAUUUGUCCCGGGUGAAUUUGUCUUCCGUUCCCCAUUGGGCUCCUUCGGCGAAGCUAAAUUGAACUUUUUAAAAUAUAAAUUAACAACAAUUGAAACCGGAACCAUGGCAGUAAACACAGGCACGUCCCUGGUGCUCUCCAGCCUGCUGUCAGUGUUGGUGUUUGCCGGCAUGCAGAUGUUCAGUAAACAGCUGGCCUCCGCUGAGUGGUUCACCAUCCUGGGGGGCUUCCUGGGCUCCGUCCUCUUCAUCUGCUCCCUCACGGCGUUUAAUAAUCUGGAAAAUGUGGUUUUUGGGAAGGGAUUCCAAGCCAAGAUUUUCCCAGAAAUUCUGCUGUGCCUGUGUCUGUCCCUGUUUGCAUCCGGCCUGGUUCAUCGGGUGUGUGUCACCACAUGCCUCAUCUUCUCCCUCUUCGCCCUCUACUACAUCAACAAGUUAUCGGCCGCCCUCUAUCAAGCGGCCGCGCCCGUUGUAGCGCCGGCCAAGGUGGCCACCAAGGGCAAGAGGAAGAACUAACGGAUGAGGGAGGGGGAAAAAAAACAUUACUCUCACAUGCACAUUUGGACUGAAACUUUCAUUGGAUUAUGUCAGGCCAUAAAACAAACAAAAAAGAGAAAUCCACAUUCCAUUGUCCAGAUUACUGCACCCCAUCCUGUUAUUUGUAUCCACACUUUUGUAAUUAAACUCCAUGAAAACCA